AAUGGACAAGGAGGCUUUUGAUGGGACAGCCACAACAACGCGACCUUGCCAAAUAUUGCCAAGUUAUUAUCCGAACAUUCAUGACGUCGCGGUUACAAGGCUUGAACUUGUACGUCCACCAUGUCCAAUGGUUUUUUUGCGGGAUCUGGAGGGAGCGAACCAAUUCUGCCUGCUGCGAAGAAUGCUAAACCAUCUCCAGAGACUUUAACGAAACUUGUUAAACGGCUUCGUGCUCUCACUCUCAAGCUCCUUCCAGUGGAGGUUGAUCCACAAGCAGUCAAUGAGCCAACAAGUAGAAUUAUAACACCACAGGUAAUCUCAGCGUUUAGAGCUGCUGCUGGAGACUUUGACGAAACCCUGCCGUAUUGUCUUCUGCGCGCUCGUGCAGAAUUUAUGUGGGACGCUGACCAUAAUGCUGCCGAUUAUGACGAAAACUUUGGUCGAGCAAUCGCAUGUGAGGUUCUUGCGCGUCGAAUCGUUCAUUUAACAGCCCCGGACCAUUUGGCUGCGGUCAUGGCCACGAGGUAUACGCAUUUACAGAUCGACGGAGAUGAGAGUGAUCCUGCUAGUGCGCUGGAGAUGGCUAUUGAUUCACAUUGCACGAUUUUCUUGUCUUCAAGCGAAUCUCAAGAUGUUGUGAAUUCGCUAUGGAAGGGCGACUUGAUUCAAAAGAUGAAUGAGAAGUUUGAUGUUGACUAUGUUUCCUACUCUGAGUCUCAGACAGGAAGCUUCUGGAGCCACGUCAAUCCAUCGCGUCUUUGCGUACCGCGGUACCAGAACUUUUUUAGGAUCGUGGUCUGGUUGUUUUUCCUUUUCGUUUAUUCUCAAGCCGUGCGACAACCCGUCGAACGUCUAGCUGACCCGUCAUAUAUGAAUACUAUGGAUGCUUGGGAAGUCAUUCUAUAUGUCAUUGCUUUAUCAACACUAGUUGAAGACAUGAACAGAUUAUACAAGCUUCUUCGAUUCGUCACCUGGCGUGCUUUCUCAUUUUGGAACAUUGUUGCAUUCCUCACGAACUCACUGCUCCUGGCUGCUUUCAUUCUUCGUAUUAUCGGCUUGCAUGACAACACCGACUAUUCCGCCAAAUUGCGCUUGAAUAGUUUCCAGGUGCUCAGUUUCGUUGCACCGUUUAUUUGGAUGAGGUUGAUCACGGUAUUCGACGGAUACAAGUACGUCGGGAUGAUGCAGAUCUGUGUUGCUCGUAUGUUACAAGAAUCCGGUAUUUUCUUCGCUUUGCUUUCGAUCUUGGCCCUUGGAUUUGGACAAGCGAUGUACGCCCUGGAUGCUGCGGAUGGAACUACUGAAGCUCCUUCGGGGGUAGUCAAUGCGUUAGUACAGGCGUUGCUCCAAUCACCCGAUUUUUCGCGAUAUUCAUCGAGUCCCUCGGGUUUGAUCAUGUAUUAUCUCUGGAACGUCGUAACGGUCAUUGUUCUACUCAAUGUGCUCAUUUCGUUGUUCGCUUCUGCAUACCAAGAUGUCGUGGAUGAUGCAGAAGCACAGUAUCUCGCUUUCUUUGCUGGAAAGACAGUAGGCAUGAUUCGAGCGCCGGAUUCGUACGUGUAUCCAGCACCGUUCAAUUUGAUUGAAACCUUCCUGGUUUCACCGUUCGAAUAUUGGUUCAGCGAAAAACAAUAUGCGAAGCUAAACCGUAUAAUCAUGUCUGUCCUCUUUUUCGUCCCUCUCACCAUCAUAGCCUUCUUCGAAACCGUCUUUCAACGACACGAAAACGAGUGGAUGACCAACUGGUUACACGGAGAGAAUGAAGGGGACAAUUCUUAUCCCGCGGUCAGGGAUCCUGAAGUUGACGGAGCUGAUGCGGAGGCUGGGCUGCGGAUCAGCAAGGUGCCGUUCACGGAGUUGAUCAAGGUCUUCCCAAAUACAGCCCAAUCAAGCGAAGCAUUGAUGUUGGAGGAGAUCAGAGGCUUGAGGAAGCAGUUGGAUCUGGUUCUGAGGAAGGUUGAGAUAAAUGGGAAGAAUAGUAGUGGGGAAAGGAAGGAAGAUUGAGUGAUGGGGUUUGGAUUUUUUGGUUUAUGUCAAGAACAUGCAAAAGGGUUGUAUGUCAGAGAUAUGGAACUUUGUUUCAUCCCGUGUCUUCGUACUUGAAUUGAAGCCCAAGCUCAACCCUUCGUACUACCUACUCCUGCUGAAGGUGGGGUCUCGUCUUUGCGCGAAAAUCGUAAGAGUCCAUGUACAUGUACACAACGUAGCGGAGUUAUCCACACAAUGACCGAUAGUUUACUUAUUGCCUAAAACUAAUCAGCUCCUUAUGCUGUGCAUUGCUCCAAGACGGCCAUUGUAUAUUCACUGAUCAAUCGGUGCGAAUUCUGGGAUGGGUGGCCAGCUGUAAAUCAAGAUCAAAAUCAUUUGUAAACCC